AUGGAUGAGUUGAAAGAUCUUGACAGUGAGGCACACAAAUGGUUCGAUGAUAAGCCUGUAGCGCAGUGGAGUUGGAGUCACUUCAAAGUUUAUCCAAAGUGUAAUAUGUUGUUAAACAAUGUGUGUGAAAGCUUUAAUAGUGCGAUCCUAGAUGCACGAGAGCAACCGAUUUUUUCGAUGUUGGAGUCAAUAAAACAAUAUCUCAUGAAAAGGCUGCAAGCGUAUAGAGAUAUGACUGCGUGUAAAUGGAAAAACUUGCGGUUCUUUCCAAAUGCAUUGAAGCUGCUGGAGAGAAAUGUUCGGAGGGUAUCUGACUGCAUUCCUAUCAAGUCCGAUAAUACGUAUUAUGAGAUUUGUUGCUUCGAUGGGAGGCAACAUGCUAUUAAUCUUCGGGAAAGAACUUGCACAUGCAGAAAAUGGCAGCUAAGUGGAAUUCCUUGCAAACAUGCCAUCUCUAACCAACGAGAAGAAAUUCAAGACUACGUCAAUGAGUACUACUCCGUGGAGACAUACAUUAAGGUAUAUGCUCCUGCCAUAAUGGCUUUCACCAGUGAGAUGUUUUGGGAGGUAACGGGUUUUAAUCCACCUAAACCCCUAACACAAAUGAGAUUGGUUGGGAGACCUACCUUAUCGAGGCGAAGGGAACGGGAUGAACCUAUGAGAAAAACAAGAAAGAAGGCUGAAACUUUAAUGUUAAAGAAAAAUCAAAUGACUGUUCGUUGUAGAGGAUGUGGAAACUCUGGACACAAUGUUAGAAAAUGUCCAAAGACAGUUGAAAACCGUUGA